AAGUUUCGUACGAAAUGUAAUGAAUUAUUGUCGUGUAAUAUACUAAAAGAAAAGUAACACUUAAAUGUGUAGGUUAUAGCUGCGCAGACGCGUUAUGUGUGUAUAAUAGAAGCAUGUCGAGUAAUAUUGAAUGUUAAGUUUGAUCCCCUAAGACAGCCAUUGUGUUAUUAUUGUUUUGCGCAUAAACUUUUAAGAGUUUAUGAUCAUUAAAUUUUGUAACAUACAGAAGGAAACUUUGAAGAUUAUUUUAUUGUAUAUUUUAUACGGAAUCAUUACUGAAUCGCAAUCAUGACUGAUAGAUCAAGUAAUGGAGAUUACAAGCAUGAGAGAGAAGAAUCUCCAGAAAACAAUUCUAAUUUGCCGAUAAAUAAAGAGCGAGAAGAAAAGGAUCAUCAGGUUGAUAAAGCCGGAGAAUAUGUAAGAGAACUUUUGCAAGAGAAAGUCGAGUUAGAUUCACAAAAAUGGCCCAAUGCGACUCGGUUAAUUGAUCAAGAAAUACAGAAAACUCAAGCUAUUGGAAAGCCAUUAAGAGAUCCAAAAUAUGUAGAUAUUUAUCGUGAAAAACCUAUUCGCAUUUCUGUUAAAGUUUUGGUGCCUGUUCGUGAGCAUCCAAAGUUUAAUUUUGUUGGGAAAUUAUUGGGACCAAAGGGAAAUUCCAUGAAACGUCUACAAGAAGAAACUAUGUGCAAAAUGGCAGUUUUAGGAAGAGGAUCAAUGAAAGAUCGGCAGAAGGAAGAAGAAUGUCGUAUGUCUUUGGAUCCGAAGUAUGCUCAUCUGUCGGAUGACUUACAUGUAGAAAUAACAGCUUUAGCACCUCCAGCUGAAGCAUAUGCUCGUAUAGCAUUUGCACUUGCAGAGGUUCGGAAAUAUUUAAUUCCAGAUAAUAACGAUAACAUACGGCAAGAACAAAUGCGUGAAAUGGAACUUAGUAUGGCUGAUGAUUCAGCAGUUACAGAAGAUAGAAGACCUUCUAUUAGAGGUGUUCCUCCCACAGCAGGUGGUAUACUUAGACCUACCACAAGGCCAACAUUGCAAAGAUCAUCAAGAGUUUUUCAAUCAGUUUCAGCACCUGUUCUUCCUCCACCAUCUAAUCGUGGACCAAUUGCUCGAUCGAUGCCUGCGAAGACAAAAGUUUUUUCAAUAUUAGACCGUGCGCGAGCUGCCAUGGAUCAGAGUUAUGGCUAUGAGACUCCAACUCCGCCUUUAAAUAAUCGCGUAGGAACACAUGAUUAUGAAUAUCAUCCAUCUUCAACUACAAAUACUCGAUAUGCAGAUCGUCAUUAUACAUCGACUGCAAGUGACGACAUGUAUCCUACUUCGAGAUAUACAACCUAUGAAUAUGAAGAAGAAGCUGUACCACAUACAUCUCAUGAUUAUUAUGAAAUGUCAGAUUAUGCAGAGGAUACAACAAGCCGCGCAUGGAAAUCAUACAAGACUACAACAACGUCAGGCUCGAGUUCGCGAUAUCGCAGCGCUCCAUACACACGACCUUCCAACCCUAAACCAUUGACGUGUAAUCUUCCUAAUGUACGGCGACCUAUGAUGCCGGCAAUUCAGAAAUCCAUAAACGAGCGUAUGCCAGAUCGGCUUUGAGCUAACGGAGGCAUGAAGCUUAAUAUGGUGUAUGAGAAAAUUCGGAAAAUCGCGUGGGAACGCGUUCUUUUCGAUUGAAAUAUUUUUGAUCCUCCUGUGAUUCACGGAGCAUGUCCCGAUGAAACGUGAGUAUUUCAACUGCAUGCAUUCUAUCCCUUCAACCUUUUUCUCUUUUUUAUCUAUCAAUUUUCUAGAAAUAUUAAAAUACUAGAAAACUUGCAAUGAUAAACGAACAAAUCCUAAUGGGAAAAUUGUAAUAUUUUAUUGGCAAUAUGUUUUUCUUUAAGUCUAUGUUGUUUUUCUUUAUUUUGUUAAUCGCAUGUGACAAUUACCAGAAAGACUUUUUACAGGCAAAAGAAACAUCAUUGUUUAUUAUGUGAUGAAGAAAUUACAUCGUUAAAGUUUCAGUGUGCAUAAAACUAAUAAAGACAUUUUUUUUAAAGUGUAUUUUUUAAAAAUUAGGUUCACGUCCAGCAGAAGAGAUCUUAAAGUCUUCGGAGCAGCACGGUGUUUUUCUCGAUUAUUUUUCUUUUUUGAAAGAUAAUACUAAAUCAAAUAGAAAUAUAAGGAAAGAGACAUAGUUGUUUAAUAGAAACAUGUGCUUUAAGUUUACCAGUGAAUUGAAUUUUCGUUCAAAUCUUUCGUCCGGGCCCACCUUGAAAAACACUCAAGAGGAUCUAUUUGAAAUCGGACAUUUUUUAAUUGCUUAGAAACAAUAUCCUUAUUUAUUUAUCACACACCAAUAUACAAAAAUGAACUGUAUAAUUAAUAUCAGAAUAUAAUAUACUACGAAAAUUCAAA